AUCAAUGGGGAUGCUGCGUUAGAGAAGCGAGGAUGUGAAGGCGUGACUCUCCCAACGACAUAAGAGGGAGGACUGGCGAGGUGUUGGUGAUCACCAAGUCUAUCAAGUAAUUAGCUUAUUGCCGAGAUUAAUACGUCAUCUUGGGAAACCACCCCGCUUGUGGCGGUGACUUGGAGUUUAAUGAUACUGAAAACGAGGCAGUUACGGGCAGGAGAUGUCCUGAGUUGAGCUUACGAAUUGGACAGUGUUGCAUUGUGCCUUAAUGGUAAACAGUUUCAUGUUUCCUACCCUAGUUGCGAAUCCUGAUGAAAAUAUUACAACAUUCCAAAACACAGCCAUGCACUAGACAGUGAACAGGUCAAGCAAUACAACAUAGUGAGGUCUGAGGUGUGGAAUGGUUGACCAGUGAUGGACAGCAGGAGAAUAGCCUCCGGGUAGAUUGUGGACGUCACAGCACUACAAACUCCACCUUGUGAUCUAUGUGAACUGUGUUACAACUAUUCGUUGGGAACAGUGUAUCUUGUACAAACUUCAAAUUCAAGAAACACCUGUCCUCUCUGAGUGUCUCUUGCGAGGACACCUGAACUAUUAAAGUUCUUCAGGGGAGACAUAUAACACCAGUUCCAACUGCAUGGUUAUUGAAAUACGGACUUUUAGAAGUAACAAUGAAUUAUAGCACACGCUGGUGGUCGUCUCAGAUGCUAUCGUUGUGUAGCACCAGUGUUUCAUAACCAGGAAUCGUUUGGAAUCGACCAUUCCCUUUGGGAACAACUAAGACCGAGCGUAAACCGGACAUCAUGGUGUGCCAAUGGAACGAGUCCAACCAGCUAGAGAGCUUCGGCUACUGCUACUGGGACAUCCACGGCUGGUUCAGCCUCAUCAUCUGCAUCUACGGAGUCAUCACCAACAUCAUCAACAUCAUGGUCCUGACCAAGAAGUCCAUGUUGAACUCGAUCAACCUCAUCCUAACAGGCAUAGCGGUGUCGGAUCUGAUCACCAUGCUGUCAUACAUCCCCUUCGCCAUCCACUUCUACCUGAUGAACGACCUGACCGUCACGCCUCAGCGCUACUCCUACGGCUGGAUCGUCUUCAUGGCCGUCCACAUGAACCUGACCCUAACCACACACACGGUGUCCAUCUGGCUCGCCGUCAUCAUGGCGAUUCUGAGGUACAUCUUCGUCCGACCGACAUCCCGAGGGUCGAAAACGCUCGACAACCAUUCUACGUUCCUUGUCAUCAUUUUCUCCUAUAUAGGGUCUGCGGUUCUUAUCAUUCCCAACUGCAUCACGACAGGGAUUAAGGAGAUCUACGACCCAACGUUCAACGCCUCUCUGUACAGACUUAAUCCCCCAGCUAUAGGGAAGAAUGACACCGAUGUUAUGGCACUGGUGAACUUCUGGCUUUACCCUGUUGCAGGUAAGAUGAUUCCGAUAGUCUUGAUAUCCAUAUUUGGAGGUCUUUUACUCCACACGCUUCGGGAGACGGACAAGAGAGGCCGAAGACUCAAGGGGGGCAACUACGGUUCGCAACACAAGGCCCAUAGACGUACAACGAUGAUGCUGCUAGCGGUCAUCGUGAUGUAUAUUUUGUCGGAGGUGCCACAGGCUAUUCUCGUUAUUCUCAGCGCUUGCGUGGAUGGAUUCUUUAUCAAGGUAUACGGACCCCUCAGUGACCUGAUAGACUCUGUCGCGCUGAUUAACAGUGCCGUGAACUUCGUCAUGUAUUGUACCAUGAGCACCCAAUUCAGACGUUGCCUCAUGGAGAUGAUACACCACUGGCUUCAGUUUAUUCGAGAGAAGAGCAAAGUGGCUUGGCCGAACAAGGAAACCACGGAGGCAACGUUCGUAUGAGGGCUCCGCCAAAUAUCUCAGGACCUCUUAAUCAAUAACGACACCGUGUGCACGAAGACUGUUGUCCACGGGGUUCCGACUGGUGUUGCAGUGCAUGUGCCUACAUCAGAUACGGCGCUAGUCCAGUGUAAAUAUCACCAGUAACACGACCAUGGGUCGUAUUGUGUUGUAUAUAUAGUUGAUAACACUGUGAUAGAUAUACGUGUGUUGUUGGUAAUAUACAUAGCAACCAAAGAUACAUUGUGUGAGUUAUCGAGAUGUAAACAUCGUAAUUAAUAAUAUGAUUAUUUAGUAAUUGCAUGUGUGCUUUGUUUCAGUAUUCCAACAACACACACACACAUACGCACGCGCGCACGCACGCACGCAUGCACACGCAUCACUAGCAUCUGUUGUUUCCCCUUUUGCAAUCUAUUAUAUACCCUUUAGUACCCGGGUCUGGUACAUAGCAUUUCGUUCUCUUGUCAGUCUAUUUUAAAUGUCAGUAUUCUAUGCCAGGGUGAAAAGCCGGUUCUGCAUAAUCUCACACCCCUAGUGUGCAAUUAACGUCUGUUUACGCGUGGUGUGUGAGUGUCAUCUAUCAGACACGUGGUGUCUGGUGCCAUCUGUCACACGUGAGUGUAUGGGUGUCAUCUGUCACACACGUGGUGUAUGGGUUUCAUCUGUCACACACGUGGUGUAUGGGUGUCAUCUGUCACACACGUGGUGUAUGGGUGUCAUCUGUCACACACGUGGUGUCUGGUGUCAUCUGUCACACACGUGGUGUCUGGUGUCAUCUGUCACACACGUGGUGUCUGGUGUCAUCUGUCACACACGUGGUGUAUGGGUGUCAUCUGUCACACGUGAGUGUAAUGGGUGUCAUCUGUCACACACGUGGUGUGUUAGAGUCGUGUGACGCACAUGAGUGAGAUUUAGACGGGAUGUGUAAACGCAUGCGUUAUGUAUAGUCACAAAUGAACAUACGCAUAUAUAUGUCCUAUGUACUCACGUGAUCUGUUCACACACAAGAUAUGGAAGACAUACGCAUAUGCUACAAAUACACAAAUGGGAUUUGCAACAUACAGUUCCCAUAUGAUAUUUCACCCACAUGAUGCAUCAUAUCACUUAAAUACGUUUAUUCACAAAUUGAUGUCGAAUUCACUGCUUCGAAAUUGCUUGUUUGAAUUCAUUAAUAUAUUCAUGUAAAUAUAUUCAUAUAUACUGUUGGAAGGUAUUAAAUUAAAUAUCAUACAUGACAACAAGCUACGCGAAGGGCCAUCUUCCCUUGUAUAUUCCAUUGCGAGCUCAAACAUUCCAGGGGGCAUGGGUGGCCCAGUCGUUUAAGGCGCCACAAUUCGCUGUGCAGAGUUGCGUCCCUUGGGCACGCAAGAAACCUAUGAUUAUGGGUUCGA